CUAUCAAGGCUGCGAUGAGACUAUCACGUGCUCUAUGGUCGCCUGUCCACACCUUCCAAUCAACACGGACUGCGCUAUACAGAACUUCAAGAAAAUGAUCUGCCAAGCUGUGAGGUACUGGAUUCGAAAGUUUCCCUUGCAUUUCGACAUGGACACCAAGGUGACCACAGCGGUCAAGCGCCUGAGCUCUUUGCUGCAGGCGGAAGGGAACUACAAGCUGAAGGAGUUAGUGGAUGUCUCCAAAGUUCCCUCCUAUGACUGGAUGCGCAACAUGUCAGUGCGGAACACGUCCUGGGGGAAACACUCGCGGAAAGUCUCACUUGUCUUUAACCACCUGGAGCCUAAGGAACUGGCGGCCCAGCUCACCUACUUAGAGUACAAGGCCUUCAGACGAGUGCACCAUUUGCGGGUAUUGCAAAACUUCAACACACUAAUGGCCAUUGUUGGAGGUUUGACCCACAGUGCUCUGGCACGACUCUCCAAAACCAUCUCAUGCCUCCCUCCUGAGGCUCAGAAGACCUUGAUGGACUUAACAGAGCUGUUGUCCUCCAACAACAACUUCAGCAACUACCGCAAGGUUUACCACCAGUGCUGUGGUUUCAAGAUCCCCAUCUUGGGAGUCCACCUCAAAGACCUCAUCUCCCUGCACACGGCAUUGCCUGACCGGGUAGAUGGGAACCUGCUCAACUUCCGUAAGAUGGCGCAGUUAGCCGUCAUCCUGCGUGAACUGACGAGGCUCCAAGGGCAGGACAAUAUCCCCGUGGAUGCCAAUAUGGAUCUCGUUAACACACUCAGGCUCUCUCUGGAUCUCUACCACACAGAAGAUGAGAUCUAUGAACUGUCUCUGGCCAGAGAACCAAGAGGUUCCCUCUCCUCUCCGACCACACCCACAAAACCAGUUGUCUUCGCAGACUGGCUCUCAGGUAUCAGCCCUCCAGACCCCAACACGAUAAACAAACAUGUGCAUGACAUGGUGGAGGCUGUCUUCAAGAACUAUGACCAUGACAAAGAUGGGUUCAUUUCUCAUGAAGAGUUUGAAUCUAUAGCAGGAAAUUUCCCGUUCAUUGAUUCCUUCUGUGUUCUGGAUGCUGACAAGGAUGGAAUGAUCAGCAAGAGGGAAAUGAAAACGUAUUUCAUCCGAGCCAACAGCCAUGCCCUGCGCAACAGCUUCAAACAUGCAUUCCAUGAAACAACUUACUUCAAACCCACGUUUUGCAUACAUUGCACAGGCUUGCUAUGGGGUAUCAUCAAGCAAGGCUGGAAGUGUAAAGACUGUGGCAUCAAUGCUCACAAACACUGCAAAGAUCUGGUGGUGAUGGAGUGUCGCAGCAAAGGCAGUAAACGCACAGAGUCAAUGUCAAAUGUGUACUUGAACCCAGGUGUGGGGCCUCAUGACCUGACGAUAACGGCCAAACGCAAGAUCUCCCAGCGGCACCAGAAACGCUCAUCCCCCUCGCACACAUGCCAGCAAUCGACACAGACAGAGGGCGUGGUCAUGCGCCGAACUAGCAGCCUGCGUGUCAUGAACAGCAGCGCAGGCACGCAGCACAACCACCGCGACGUGGCUAUCAUCGACGGAGAGUACUAUGAGGAACAAGCUCUGCUCUAUGAGAGAUUGCUCAAGGCAGAGGAGGCCCGUGAGAAGCUGAUUGAGGAAAAUUCCAGGCUACGGUCCAAGCUUGAGGUGGCCAAUGAUCAGAUCUCACUUCUGAAGUCUCACAUAGGAGUUAUCCGACAAAACACCAUUGCAUUUAUCCUAGAGCAGAUGGAUGCUCUCCACAUGCAACGCGACACAGAAGUAUGACAUUGAUAUGAAAAAACGUGAACUGUAUCAAUGUGUCAUGUGGAGACAGACUGAUUUCAUCUUUCUCUCAAAAACUUAAACUAUCUGCAAAUGUGAAAAAAGUACUCACCCCAACUUCCGUACUGAAAUGCUGCGCUGUAGGUGGAGAGAGGAACUGAUUUCAAUUAACAAGUCCUUAAGCUUUACGCUUCGCAAUUUGUGAAGAAAGGGAUUGGUUUGAGUUUCCUCCUACAAAGGCUCAUCAUAUCGAUGAAUAGGGAGAGAUGAACUCUCUUCAGCUUUCUCACAACCAUGCUUAGCUGGCCACAGUUUGUGGAAAAAUCGACGGAUCUCAUUUUCUUCACAACAAUGUGUUUUUCAUCAGAACUUUGGAACUGAGGUUGUCUCUCACAGAAGUCACAAAAGAUCUGUGCACUUAAGAUUGUACAAUAUGGCCGCCCCAGCUUCUACUGCAUCCGAUCUUCAUCCCACAAACUGUUUUACACAACACACCAGUUGUAGUUGACCGGGAAUGAAGUGUGUACAUAUUAUGUUGUUGCUUCAUCAAUGCAGAAAUGGUGUAUUUGUAGAAUCCAGAGAAAUCAAAUCAUUUUGGUCUGCGGAUGCGUCUGUGAUCUUUGAACUGUUUUUGAUUUUCCAUGCAGUUAAUUUUUUUCUUCAGAAGACUUGGGGAUGAUGAUGUGUUUUUGUGGACAAACCAAGAAAAA